AUGCAUGCCACGAUCCCCAACCCUCUUUUUACAAACAAACCGAGGAGAGCGGUUGAUAGCACGACCACUACCGUUUACAAGGCCCAAAAUUAUAACAAGAGCAUAUUUUCUCAACAGCUUCACAACUCGAAUGUAUUGCAAAAGGUCGAAUGUCAUAACGCCGGUCAACUUCACUCUGCUUGUUGUUUAACAUGCCGGAGAGGGGUUCUGAACGAGUGA